AUCCUCUAGUUUUAGUAGACUAAGCAAGACAGGCAUGACAGGAGGAGAAAGAGAAGGAGAAGAAGAAGAAGAAGAGAAAAGAGGAGAGAUUGUGAUGGAUGCAAGUCUCAAGGACCUCUCAAGAAAGCUAGAGGAAUUUGCCAAGGCAAGAGACUGGGAAGAGCACCAUAGCCCAAGGAAUCUACUUCUUGCCAUGGUAGGUGAAGUUGGGGAGCUGUCAGAGAUAUUCCAGUGGAAGGGAGAGGUAGCCAAGGGCUUGCCAAAUUGGGAGGAAUCUGAUAAAGAGCAUCUAGGAGAAGAGCUAUCUGAUGUCUUGUUAUACCUCAUAAGGUUGGCUGAUAUAUGUGGCAUUGAUCUUGGAGAUGCUGCUUCAAAGAAAAUCAUUAAAAAUGCAAUGAAAUACCCUCCUAAGCUUUUGUAGAUUGUAACAUCUUAAUCACAUGGGUGGGUCCCCUUUUUUCUUAUCUUUUGAGUGGAAAGAGAAUACAUUAGUGGGCCAUUGAAGACCAUAUGAUCAAAUUUAAACUAGAUGCUGUGAAUGAAUCGGAUGAAUGUUUUUCACUGGAA